CGUUUCAAUGGAAUAAAAACUGCGCAAUUUCUUUAAGGGCUGCCUGCUCGGAUCGCGGCGGACGGCUCCGCUCUCGGAAAUGGAUAUCAGUUGUGUUUCUUUUUUUUUCUUUUGGAUGAUCAAGGGAAUCCGUGCCCAAUGCAAACCCCCGCCGCCAGCCCUUUGGAGGCUACAGGAGCUGGCGAUCUUAUUAUUAUUAUUAUUUUUUUAACCAGAUGGUCUUCAGAGGAGGAAACGAGCUGUGCAAUCAUUUAGCAAGGCGAUAUGACUGUGCAGAGAUGCAAGCUCACUGAUGAGUCCCCCCCCCCCGACCCUCCCCAACCUCCGUCAUGCCUUGCCCAUGGGCGAACACCAUUCCACAUUUUCCUCAACCUGGGCUGCGAGCGAUCUGCGUGUACAGUGCUCCCCGUGUCGACGUCUGCACCUCAAAACGCCUCACGGAUGGUUGAAUGGGGCUUCAUGUUUUUUUUUUUUGGGAGAGGGCUUUUUUAGGGGGCUGCGUCAUCCGUGGCUGGGGACGGAGAUGGACCGCUUUGCAGAUUUUCCACUAUUACACGAGAGUCUGCACGGCACCUCCCCAGCACAUUUAUUUGUAUUUUUUGGGGGGGACUGCACAUAAAAGAGAAGGACUGAGGGACAUGGCCAAGCCCUGCUGUGCUGUGUUUGAGGAACCUCCAGGGCCUGAUGUGAAAUGGCUUGAGUGAAAUGGCUUGCGGGCUGUGUGACCUAUUGCAUUAAUGGGCAAACGUUACAUCACCAGCACCACAAGAUGGACUGUACAUCGAGGAAGAUGGAAAGCACUGAUGUCUUCAUUAGUGAUGGGGAGCCAUCUAUAUUUUCCUGCAUUCACACACCUGCCCAGGUACAGCCAAUAUCUGGCCCACCCAGUUACAGUCAGCACACACCCAGACUGUGCUCAGCAGUGGCAGUUCAUCCAGAGAUGCAGAGAGAGGGAGUGAAAGAGAGAUGUCACAACACAGAGGAAGUGCCAGAGGCGAGAGCAGGGAUGGAGGAGCAGGAAGCAGAGGCCUUGAUGCUCCUGCAUGAAGGGAAUCAUGAGGAACAGUGAGGUGGGACGUGUCAUGGUGGCCUGCUGAAAGAGACGAACCACAUUAACCAUGGUCACCAGGGUUGAGGAGACCCCAGAGAGAUGAUUGGCAGCCGAAGCUGAGACUUAACACAACUGUGAAUCAAUAACUUGGUGCUACUCUAAAAGCCUAUAGGCUUUUGGGUUCUUGGUGCUACAGCAGUCGGACGGUACAGAUAUUCUCAGUGUUGGAGUGAGGCCCUCUCUGUGCUGCAGUGGAGGGCUUCACAAAUACAGCUAGUUUGGCUGGAUGCAUCACGCAGUAGAGCAGUUUGGCGGGCGUGGCACACGGGAUUCCUUCCCUUUGGACGGACUCAACCGGGGACCAUGGGCUCCCGUGGGCGGCCGCGCCUGGCAGCCACCUGCCAGGUGUUCGCCUGGAAUGAACCAACACCAACUUCUCUCCCAUCUACCUCCUGGUCCUAUGGGCGGACUGAACCAUCCCAAUAAAUUCUUUAGUAAUGGGCCCAUGCGAGGAGGUGAGAAGCUUGAGCUUCAACAGCCAAUGUUACCAAGUUUGCAGAGGGAGCAGCAGAGACCUCCUCCUCAUCACCUUCAUCCUCCACCUCCUCACAGAGCAUGGGAGCAACUAGGUCAGCUAUAUGAUUCCCAUCUCCCUCCUCAAGGACAUCCUGGCGUGCCCCUGCCCAAUGAGCACUCACUUCGUCUCCAUAAUGGAGGCUAUGCAGGCAGCGGCGGACCUCCCCCCAACCCUCAUCAUCCCCCCAACCCUCAUCAUCCCCCCAGCAGGCCAAACCAACUGCUGAAGUUUGGGGGUCCUCAGGAGCAGCAUAUUCCCCGGGGUCCACCAUUGCUGGGAGAUGAGAUGUGGGCUCAGGUGCAUCAGCAAAGGGGUUACCCAGGGAAGAUGGUGGGAGGUCAGCUGAAGAGACCGGGCCCUCCAUUGGGAGAGCACUCUGUUAUUCAGCACACUCCUCCACCAUCACUGCACCCGUCCUCUCGCCCAGCUGUUGAGGACUGCCCCAGCCCCAGCAAGAGGAAAAAGAGUUCAGAUCAGGUAUCCCAUCCUGGACUGCAGCGUUUCCCUGGCCAGUCUUUGUUAUCUCAGCCCCACCUCCCUCCAAAACCUGCCUUCUGGAACCCCCUUCACAAGAACAACAGCACUCCCUGGCAGCCCCAGACUUCUGAUCGCAAGAACGCUCCAUCACAAGAGUUCCAGGAAACCAACAAACAAGGAAUGGGCAGCUACACCCAAAAGUCCUCUCCUGCCACUUCAACCCCUUCAAACCUCUCCCCUCUACCAAACUCCUCUCCUGGAAGCUACAACCAGGGAUGUGCUCCUCAGCUACAGAAAGACACAUUCCAACCUCAGGCUGUUAACCAGCAGUCCCCUCACUCCUCCUAUCCUAGUCCCAGCUCCAAACUGGGGCUAGCUACACCCUGCCAGGCCAUGGAAUCCCAUGGUCCCCGCAACCAGAGAGGCCCUAUCAUUGGGGGCCAAGGUGGCAGACAAGCUACCUCUCACACUGCAUCCACCCCAACUAGGGGAAACAGAGAUCAACACCUACAUGCCCAGUCGUCACCAGCAAACCCUCCUGCAGCCAGCAACAACAGCAGCAGCAGCGGCAGCAGUGUGCCUUACAGCCACUUCCAGCCUCAUCCAGGGCUGGGGCACCAGGGUCCCCCUCCUCCUCCACCUCCUCCUGCCAGCAGCACCUCAGUACCUCAGCAACAGCAAAGUGGGCCCCAUGAGGCCUGGAGAUACCAGAGCAGGCCCAGCAGUCACUCUCUAGAGUCUGGCAUCUACAGGCCUCCAGGACUGCUACCUCAGCGCCAGCAGAGCCACAAUCAGGUCGUGGAUAGUCGGGUUCCAGGUCACUCCCAGCAUCACCAUCAUGUCAGCCCACCUUUGCCCCCAGCCAACUCCACUCCAACUUCUGUCAUCACCCCCAAUCUUCCCGUAUCACAGGCCUCCUGCCCCAUCGGUGGCUACAGUGGCAGCUCUAGAGGUGUAACAAUGGCUGGUAUCUCACCGUUGACCACAUCACCCCCUGCCGGUUGCCCUGUGAACAAUGGCAGCAGUAAUAACAGUUGGCAGAGAAGAAGAGAGCCAGCGCCCCAAACUUCCAUCAAUGCCGUAACUAACCCCACUUCUCAGCUGGAUGCUCUGAUGCAGCCAGGAUGUCAGAGAGGCCAAACUGCCAACCAGUCUCACCAACAGGGACUGCCCAGACCACAACCGCAGGGAUCCAACAAGCCGCAGCCCAUGAAGGGGAAGACAUCAUACUACACUCAGGCUGAGCUGGAGCCAAGUCCUGCAUUUUCCUCAUCAUCUUCAUUGUUCUCCUCAGGGCAUCAGAGGGCUGGUGACAGUGUGAUCACAAGCAGAGUUUCAAAUCCUCUUCCUAGCUCUCCUACUACAUACUGCCCAGCUCCUCGCUCCACUGUCAACUCUGCCCCUCAGCCAUCCAAUCCAGCUCUGUCCUCCAGACUGCAUCAUCAGCCCCAAUCUGCUUCGACACAGUCCUACUCUCAGCCUCAGUUUCGUCCACCAGCUCCAAACACUGUCCCUCGAUCCAUCAAAGAAGCUCUAGACAAGCUUGACGCCGAGCUUGAGGGUCACAUGCAAGCCGAGGAAAGGAAGAAGAGGGACAGAGAGGAGCAAGAGAGAAAAAUGAGAGAAGAGGAGAGGCGGAAGCGAGAGUGGGAGAUGAGACAAAAGCGGGAUGAGGAGAGGAAAAGGAAAGAACUGGAAAAGAAGGAGGAGGAGAGGAAGAAGAGAGAAAUUGAUCGACAAGAAGAGGAGAGGAGGAGGAGAGAAUGGGAGAGGCAGGAGCAGGAGAGAAAAAGGAGGCAAGAAGAGGAGCGGAGGAGGAGAGAAGCGGAGAGGCUGGAAGAGGAAAGGAAAAAGAGAGAACGGGAGAGGCAAGAAGAGGAGAGGAAAAGGAGAGAAUGGGAGCGGCAAGAAGAGGAGAGGAAAAGGAGAGAAUGGGAGAAGAAAGAGCAGGAGAGGAAGAGAAGAGACUGGGAGAGGCAAGAGGAGGAGAGGAAGAACAGAGAGGCAGAGAGGCAGGAGAGAAAGAGGAGGGAAUUGGAGAGGCAGGAGGAAGAAAAGCAGAGACAAAGGGAUUUGGAGAGAAAAGAGGAGGAGAAAAAGAGGAUGGAGCAAAAGAAGGAGGAGGAACUGUGCAGUGCAAAAGGUAAAGAGCAAACUGCUAUUGAAAAUUUGGAGAGACUGCUCUCUGGCAACUCCUCCUCAACGCCCCCACCUCCCCGUCUGUCUUCUGUUGCUGCACCUCCUUCAGGUUCAUUGCCCCCUAGCUCCCAGGCUUCUCCCCCCUACCCUUGGCUAAGUCGUGGUGGCAUUCCCUCUUGUCCACCAGGCCAAACAGCCACCACCACUACACCUGUAGAGAGGCUGCGGCCGCCCCCUCUUACACCCCAGACUGAAUAUGCCAGAGAAAAGCAGCGGCAGAGAGAGAUGUGGAGCAACAACGGCGGAACGACUUUCAGUCCCUCAUCAACACACAAUACCUCAGGGAUGAAUCAGUCAGGAUACCCCAGCAAGCCCCCGGCAAUGCAAGCCGCGCCCAACCAAUCCAAAGACUCAGCUAGGGACAGGGACAGCAGCCAACACUCUCUCCCUACCUUAGCACUUAGAGAGCCCCCCAAACUCUAUCAGGCUUUUCCUAGAGAAAAUCUUCCACCAUCUCAAUCCUCCAGCUCCACUAGGGGAGUCCUCAACAAGCAGGUGACUGGAAGUGGUUUGGAGAAUGCCAGCAGCUGUGACACUGACUCUGACAGUGCUCAGUUUGAAGAAGAGUCCUCUGAGUUGUCCACAUUGUUACCUGAUGGUCUUGCCAACAUCAUGGCUAUGCUGGAUGAAUCAAUCAAGAAGGAAGAGGAGAUGUAUAACACUGAAAAGUCAGAGUCCACUGGUCUUCUGGACAACUUUUCACAGAGCGUUCAGCCUAUCAACAGCUACCUGUGUGCUCCAGAUCUGAUUCCAGCAACAAGGCAUCCGCCCAACCAGGAAGACUUUGGAUCCAAUCCACAUGCUAGCCCUCCUGUGCUCAGCCGCCAAGGCUCUCUGGCAUCCCCUUGCAGCCGAACAUCCUCUCUCAAUGAGGAGGAUGAGGAUUACCUUAAACCACCUCAUGUCCCUCUCAACCAGAAACAGUCAGUGGAUAUAGGAAUGGGAGUCGGAAACACCAAUUAUCGCCACAGUGACCUGGCUAAACUUUAUGGCCUCCCUGAGCAGACUAAAAGUGAGGCAGAUGAGGAGGACGAUGAAGAGGAUUCUGAGACUCCAUCUUGUUCUCCACCACCCCAAAGACCCCAUCUCCAUCAAACGGGUGUAAACAGCAUGUUCAAGUCCCUGGCAACAGUCCUAGAGAGCCAGAAGUAUGCGUACCGUGGUGGGCCGUUUGGGAGACCCCCUCCAUCAGCGCUGGUUGGGGUCAAAUAUUCCUCUUCACUGUCACUGGGUCCUGACAUCUGCCGCCAGCAACAAGGCAGUUCUCCCACGUCUGAUUCAACCAAUCCACCCUUCAGUCCAGCUGUCCCACCUUUGAAGUCCUCUCCGUCUCUGCUGGAGAACAAGAAACUGAAAAUAGAGGACACUGAUAUUUGGAGAGACGAUGAAGAAUCAACAGAGGAAAGAUUCAACUCUUCCAAACACGAGAGUAUUCCUACCACAAGUCCUAUUAAGGUGGUCAAGGAGGAGCAACUGCUGACAACCAUCUCUGAGUCUUCUCUGGCAGAGUUGGGCAAGAGUUGUGAAGUCAUGCUCAGUCGACAGUCACUCCCUAAAAAGAACUCUCUCGAUAAAUCUGAUAUCAAAGCGGAGGAUCGACACAAACCUGAGAAAGUUAAAGAACACAGAGAGAAAGACAGAAACAGAGAUAGGGAGAGGGAGAAAGAGAAGAAGAGGAAGCAUGGUCAUAGCCACAGUAGCAGCAGGAAGCAUGAGGACAGGAAAGAAAAGAAGCAUCGAGAAAAGAGAGAGGAGAUGGCAAACUCAUCGUCUUCUUCAUCGUCUUCCUCUCAUUCCAGCUCCAGCCACAAGCGGCACAAGGAUGGCAAGAGCCAUAAGGAGAAAAAGGAUCGUAGAAUUCUGGGUGACCUCAACCUCCAGAGCAAGGAGGGGUCUGAAAAAAAUCGUGGUCAUUAUGAUGCAGAUAAAAAGAAGCGCAAGGAGGCAUCCAGCGCCAGCUCCAGCAGUGAACAGGAGCACGCAGAAGGUUCUUCCAAGCACAAAAAUCUGUCUGAAUCUGGUUCCUCAUUAGGUUCGACAGACUUCUUGAAACUGAAGGCACUGUCAGAUGGGCCACCCAAGGAGCUGAAGAUUCGUCUGAUCAAAGUGGAAAGCGGGGACCGGGAGACAUUCAUUGCCUCUGAGGUGGAGGAAAAGAGGAUCCCACUGGAAGAUAUCUGCAUCAAGAACACUGCCAGUGAAAUCAUCCGGUCAUGCAAGGGAGCCAGAGUGAAAGGGAAGUUCAGAGAAUCUUACUUGCUGCCAGCCUUCUCUGUCAAGCCCAUCAUGGCCUCUGAGGAACCCAUACCUAGAGAGAAGCUCAACCCACCUACACCCAGCAUCUAUUUGGAGAGUAAGAGGGAUGCCUUCUCACCUGUGCUGCUGCAGUUCUGUACAGACCCCAAAAAUCCUGUUACUGUCAUCAGAGGCCUGGCUGGAUCCCUGCGACUUAACCUGGGGCUGUUUUCUACUAAAUCGCUGGUGGAAGCCAAUGCGGAGCAGGCGGUGGAGGUUAGGACUCAGGUGCAGCAACCUGCUGAUGAAAACUGGGACCCUAGUGGGACAGGUCAGACAUGGCCAUGUGAGAGCAGCCGCUCCCACACCACCAUCGCAAAGUAUGCCCAAUACCAGGCCUCCAGCUUCCAAGAGAGUCUCCAGGAGGAGAAAGGCAGUGAUGAGGAGGAUGAAGAAGAUGAUGAGAAGGAGAAGAAGCCAUUCAACAGUUCUGAAACUCCCAGCAAGGACAUCUCUAAAGAAAGCGGCAGUGCUGAACAGAAACCAGUGGGGAAGAUCAUUAAAUUUGGCACUAACAUUGACCUCUCGGAUCCCAAGAGGUGGAAGCCCCAGCUUCAGGAGUUGCAGAAGCUGCCAGCAUUUAUGCGUGUAGCAUCCAGUGGAAACAUGCUGAGCCAUGUUGGACACACCAUCCUCGGCAUGAACACUGUCCAGCUCUACAUGAAGGUCCCAGGGAGCCGAACACCAGGUCACCAGGAGAACAAUAACUUUUGCUCGGUAAACAUCAACAUAGGCCCUGGAGACUGUGAAUGGUUCUCUGUCCAUGAGAACUACUGGCAUGCCAUCAGUGACUUCUGUGAAAAGCAUGGAGUUGACUACCUGACAGGCUCCUGGUGGCCAGUGUUGGAGGACCUCUACAAAGCCAACAUCCCUGUGUACCGCUUCAUCCAGCGGCCAGGAGACUUGGUGUGGAUCAAUGCUGGAACUGUACACUGGGUUCAGGCCGUUGGUUGGUGCAACAACAUUGCCUGGAAUGUUGGACCUCUCAAUGCUUACCAGUACCAGCUGGCCCUGGAGAGGUUUGAGUGGAAUGAAGUAAAGAAGGUCAAAUCCAUCGUCCCCAUGAUUCAUGUGUCCUGGAACGUGGCCCGCACAGUCAAGAUCACCGACCCAGACACCUACAAGAUGAUCAAACACUGCCUGCUGCAGUCCAUAAAGCACAUCCAGAUCCUGCGGGACCAACUAGUUGGUGAAGGAAAGAAGCUUUCCUAUCAGAGCCGGGUCAAAGACGAGCCUGCCUACUACUGCAACGAGUGUGACGUGGAGGUAUUCAACUUGUUGUUUGUGACAAGUGAGAGCAGCAGCAGGAAGACAUAUGUGGUUCACUGUGAGGACUGCGCACGUCAGCGUAGCCCUAACCUGACCAAUGUGGUGGUGCUGGAGCAGUACCGCAUAGAGGAGCUCAUGAACACAUAUGACUCAUUCAACCUGGCCUCCUCUUCCCGGUGACAGAGCUCCCCUCCUGCAUCUCCUCAGCCAUAACCAAAACUCCUGCCAGCCAGGACAAAAGACACAGUUUCACUUUGGUUUCCAACUUACCCUAUCAUUAUUUAAGAUCAUUUUUGCUACUACUGCUAAUACUUGCCGAACAGCCAGUUGAAUACGUUUACUCAUCAUUACUGUUUACAAAAAGAAAUACCAAGCCGCCAAUAACAUACCAGUUUACUCUCAGAUGGUGCUUACAACCCAGAAGCCCUGGCAACAGUGAAGUUGAGAACCAGGGGCAGUUGGUGCUGCCAUUGAACAAACUGUGGAGGGUAGUUGAUGGUUUCAAUGGCGUGUUUCUGUCAGUACCAGAGAGAACUUUUUUCUGUUGUUGUCUUCUUGAAUACUGAUAUUUGUACAUGCUGUUUGCAAUUUUUGUGGGGUGCUGUCUUUUUUAAAAUAAUUUAUUGUUUUGUUUUUUCUAAACUAGAUCAGCCUAGAUAUAUACCACAUUGGCCUUGUAUUUAGAAAAGAGAGAAAAUGAAAAAUACUAAUAAUAGAGAUAUGAACAUUUUUCUAAAGCAUUAAGAAUUUUAAAAAAAUACAAAUGUUUGGAAUGCUUCAAAACAUACGGGUUUAACGACUUUGGUUGUUUUGGGGGGGAUUUCAUUUUGUCUUUCAGAUUCUUGUAUGUGUUGUAAAUCUUGUGUUUGUAUGAAUUAUACUUUUAUUUCCUCUGGAGAUUAAUAUUCAGUUGACACUCACCAUCAGGUCUUUUGUUCAUUUCUUCCAUCUCUGUAUGAACGCGCUCUUUGAAAAGAAAGAAAAAAAAUCAUUGUCAUCUGGUGUUUGUGUGUUGUACCUCUGAUUGUUUUGUUCCAAUAUGCAGACUUAGUAUUUCCUGGAUUUUUUUGGCAUUGUACAUUUAAUUUAAAAUGUUUCCUCUAUUUAUUGGAUAUCAAUGUUCUCCCUUUUUUUAAUAGGGUUGUACAAGUUUGCAUUUUUAUUUCUUCAUUUUUUUUUUUUUUAUAGUGACCGAUUGCUCUGUAAGAACUGAAAUGUGGGGGUUGUGUGUCCUCAGGAGUGGAGGCUGCUGUUUCUCUGGUGCUUGCCUCUCAACUCCUGCUUUUUCUCUACUGAUAUAUAUUAAAUGAUAUCUUUAUCUUGAAUAUAACGCCACCUUUCCUGUAGACAAUAGGCACACUGCUCACGUAGAGAAGAUGACUAAUGGAAUGCUGUGUUUGUAUGCUCAUUAAGGAAAAAAAAACGGCUUUUUCUGAAGCGUUUUGAGAAAUGGUAAAUUUUUUUUAUUAUGUAGGGGGCUUUUAGACGAGAUUUUAAUGAUUUUAUGAUAUUAUCUGUUGAAUAUGAUAACGGGAUAGAUGGUGCUAAAUGUUCUCUUUGAACAACUUUUUUUUUUUCUGUUUGUCUUCUUAAAAUGAGAAUUCUAUUUUUCCUGUUGCAAUAUUACCUUCCCCCUUUCCUUCUCUUUGUGGUCAUUUAUUUAUAACUGCACUGUUUAGAGAAUUCACACAGACAUACUUGCAGACACACACACACACACACCAAACUGAGCCAGACAUGUCUUAAACACUUGUGAAUUUGUGUGACAUUACUAUGACUAUUAAUAAUAAACGCUUUUUGAUAAAUCCA